AUGGCCGACCCCAACAAUGUGUCGCAGUACAAGUACUCGGCGAUGUCCAACCUGGUCCUCCAGGCGGACCGUCGAUUCAUCAACCGGUCCAAGGACGAGCCAACUGGAGAUCCAGAGUCUCUAGCUAAUCGCAUCAGUAUUAAAGACAUGGGCGCAAGAGUCUUCCGAGAAGAUGCGCCAAGGAAGAAGAAGCUUGCAUCAGGCUUACAAGGUAUUGAGCGCGGUUCGAUCAGAGAAGGAGAAGAUGUACUAGAACGAGAGAAGCGGAAACGCAAGAGGGGUGAGCCUGCCCAAGCUAGAGCUGCUGGUGUCUUGUCUGCGGGCGAUGCGCUGAUAGAAGGACUCAAGUACCGCCCUAGGACUCCUGCCACACGAGCCACCUACGAUCUACUCCUUACCGUAACUGCACACAAGCUCGGAGACGCUCCCCAAGAAGUCGUUCGAAGUGCUGCCGACGCCGUACUCGAGUUUCUCAAGGACGAGUCGAUGAAAGAUCUGGAUAAAAAGAAGGAAAUCGACGACAUCAUUGGAGAAUCUCUGACUCCGAAAGAGUUCAAUGAGCUGGCAAAUCUGGGAAAGAAAAUUACCGAUUACAAUGCGCAGGAAGACGAUGAAGCUGUAGACGGAGACAACGACGAUGGUGGUGCUGAGCUUGAUGAGCGCCAAGGUGUAGCUGUAGUCUUUGACGAGUCUGACGAAGAUGAGGAUGGUGCUCAGAGAAACGAGGUUCUGGAACCAGAAGAAGACGACAGCGAUGCAGAACCAGACGAGACCAGAUCGGACGCUGAACAAGAACCACGUGAUGAAGAUGCACAGGAUGGUAUUGUCGAAGACGAGAUGGUCAUCGAUGGUGGUCUCUCCAAAACCUCCAAGAAGAAGAGCGACACAGACCUCGUCCCGAUACACGACAUAGAUGCAUAUUGGUUGCAAAGACAGCUCGGUUCUAUCUACAAUGAUGCUCACAUCCAGCAAACUAAGGCUCAGGAAGUGUUGCAAAUACUAUCUGGGAAGUCGCUGAAUGGCAAUGACAUCUCCCUUCGUGACAUCGAAAACGAUCUGAUGGAUCUUUUCGACUACGAGCAACCAGAAAUGGUUGGCAAGCUAGUUACUAACAAGGAUCGAAUAGCUUGGGUCACGAGAUGGAGACGUGCUGCCGAGGACAAGAAUGCAAGACUGCUCGUCGAAAAUGAAAUGAUCGAAGCUGGCCACAGGCAUAUACUCGACCAGUUACGUGGUAAAGACGACGAAGAUGUCGACGGAGACAGACCAGCCAAGAAAAUGAGAAUGGACCUGAUGGAUCUUGACGUACCCAAGGCAGAACAACCAGCAGAUGCAGAGAUGACCGAUGGCGGACUCAAACGCGGUCUGCAGCCUCAGAGGUUGAUCAAGCUCGAAAACUUGGUCUUCGAGCAGGGUAACCAUCUCAUGACAAAUCCUAAGGUCAUCCUACCUCAGGGCUCUACAAAGCGCACUUUCAAAGGAUAUGAAGAGAUACACGUCCCACCACCAAAACCAAAGCGGGACGCAAACGAGAGGAAUAUCCCAACCACGGAGCUGCCGGAUUGGGCAAGACCUGGUUUCGGUUCGGCCAAGGAGCUCAACAGGAUACAGUCCAGGUGCUAUCCAACCGCUUUCCAAGAUGAUGGCAAUAUGCUAGUCUGUGCUCCAACUGGUUCCGGUAAGACUAACGUGGCUAUGCUGACCAUGCUCCGGGAAAUUGGCAAGCACAGAGACCCUGAGACUGGUCAUAUAAUGCUCGACGACUUUAAGAUUGUGUAUAUCGCUCCCUUGAAAGCCCUGGUGCAAGAACAAGUCGGAAACUUUGGCAAGCGUCUUGAGCCGUAUGGAAUCAGAGUCAGUGAGCUGACGGGAGAUCGACAGCUCACUAAAGCACAAAUUGCUGAUACUCAAGUUAUUGUCACAACACCCGAGAAAUGGGAUGUCAUUACUCGAAAGGCAACGGACAGCAGCUAUACCAGAUUAGUACGACUCAUUGUGAUCGACGAGAUUCAUUUGCUGCACGACGACCGUGGCCCGGUGCUCGAGAGUAUUGUCAGCAGAACGAUCCGCAAGAUUGAGCAGACUGGCGAGCCUGUGAGGAUAGUCGGCUUGAGUGCUACACUGCCUAACUACCGCGACGUUGCCACGUUCUUACGCGCGGAUCCUGAAAAAGGUGUAUUUCAUUUUGACGGCUCUUUCAGACCUUGUCCACUUAAACAAGAAUUCAUAGGAAUAACCGAAAAGAAGGCCAUCAAGCAGCUCAACACCAUGAAUGAUGUGUGCUACACGAAAGUCCUUGAGCAUGUGGGUACUAACCAGCAGCAAAUGCUGAUUUUCGUUCACUCUCGAAAGGAAACGGCUAAGACUGCGAAAUACAUUCGAGAUAAGGCCAUCGAGAAUGAAACCAUUGGCCAAACUAUGCGCACGGACGCAGCAAGCCGACAAAUUCUGUCCGAAGAGGCCGAGACAAUGCUUGACGCCAAUCUGAAAGAUCUCUUACCAUAUGGAUUCGGCAUACAUCAUGCUGGUAUGAACGUUGCAGAUCGUACCUCAGUUGCAGAGCUGUUCGCUGAAGGUCACAUUCGGGUCCUGGUAUGUACAGCUACUCUUGCUUGGGGUGUUAACCUUCCAGCACAUACAGUCAUCAUCAAAGGAACUCAGGUAUACUCACCAGAGAAAGGUAGCUGGGUCGAGCUCAGCCCUCAGGACGUACUACAAAUGCUGGGUCGUGCAGGUCGUCCGCAGUACGACUCUUAUGGUGAAGGUAUUAUCAUAACUUCACAGAAUGAGAUCCAAUAUUACCUGUCACUCAUGAACCAGCAGCUUCCGAUAGAGAGCCAGCUCAUAAGCAAGCUUGCAGACAACUUGAAUGCCGAGAUUGUACUCGGAAAUAUUCGAACUCGUGAUGAUGGUGUUGACUGGCUGGGUUACACUUAUCUCUUCGUCCGUAUGAUCAGAUCACCUGGACUGUACAGCGUUGGUGCCGAUUACGACCAAGAUGAGGCUCUCGAACAGAAGCGGGUCGAUCUCAUCCAUUCCGCAGCUACUGUUCUAGAAAACGCUGGCCUGGUCAAAUAUGACAAGCGAACGGGCGUCCUACAAGCCACAGAUUUAGGCAGGAUUGCAUCACACUACUAUAUCACCCAUCGCUCGAUGCUGACCUACAACUUACAUUUGCAGCCAACCGUCAGCACAAUUGAAUUGUUUAGGAUUUUCGCUCUAAGUGAUGAGUUCAAAUACAUCCCUGUGCGACAAGACGAGAAGCUCGAACUCGCAAAGUUGUUGGGCAAUGUCCCAAUCCCUGUAAAGGAAGGUAUGGAAGAGCCACACGCCAAGAUUAAUGUGCUACUACAGGCAUUCAUCUCUCGACUCAAACUUGAUGGUCUUGCUCUGAUGGCGGACCUGGUUUAUGUUACUCAAUCGGCGGGUAGAAUUCUGAGAGCUAUCUUCGAGAUCUGUCUCAAGAAGGGAUGGGCCUCGGUUGCGCUUAACGCUCUUGAGCUCUGCAAGAUGGCCGAGAAGCGAAUGUGGCCGACGAUGACACCGUUGCGACAAUUCCCGAGAUCGAUGUGUCCACCAGAAUUUGUAAGAAAAGCUGAGCGUAUUGACGUGCCAUGGCAAAGCUAUUUUGACCUCGACCCACCACGAAUGGGCGAGCUCAUUGGUCUUCCAAAAGCCGGUCGUAUCAUCUGUGACCUUGUUUCCAGAUUUCCUCGACUUGAGGUUCAGGCUCAGGUGCAGCCAAUGACUCGGUCAAUAUUACGGGUCGAGCUAAAUAUCACGCCUAAUUUCACCUGGGAUGAUGAAUUGCACGGAACAGCAGAAAGUUUCUGGAUCAUUGUCGAGGACUGUGAUGGGGAAGAAAUACUUUAUCAUGACUCCUUUAUCUUGCGAAGAGACUAUGCUCUGUCCGAGAUGAAUGAGCACCUGGUGGACUUCACUGUUCCUAUUACUGAACCGAAGCCUCCCAAUUACUUCAUCACGCUGGUAUCUGAUCGAUGGAUGCAUUCGGAAACACGACUGCCUGUCUCAUUCCAAAAGUUGAUUUUACCAGAGAGGUUCCCUGCUCAUACUCAGUUACUGGACAUGCAACCUGUGCCAGUCCAAGCUUUAAAGCGCAAGGAUUAUGUUGAAAUUUACAAAGACUGGUCUCACUUUAACAAGAUACAAACACAAGUGUUCAAGUCCAUGUAUGACAGCAAUGAUAGUGUAUUCGUCGGAGCUCCAUCUGGCAGUGGUAAGACAGUAUGUGCCGAGUUCGCUCUACUAAGACAUUGGGCCAAUCCUGAAGCUGGUAAAGCAGUAUAUGUCGCACCAUACCAGGAAAUCGUGGACAAUCGAUACAACGACUGGCAGAAGCGCAUUUCGCAUCUUGGUGGAGGAAAAACAUUGUCAAAAUUGACUGGAGAGACGACGGCCGAUCUGAGGUUGCUCGAUCGGUCAGAUCUUACACUUGCCACACCUACACAAUGGGAUGUCUUGUCGCGGCAAUGGCAACGAAGAAAGAAUGUUCAGAACACCGAGCUAUUCAUAGCGGACAACCUACACCUGCUAGGUGGUCAGGAAGGAUAUAUCUACGAGGUGAUCGUGUCACGCAUGCAUUACAUCCACAUGCAACUCGAGAACAAUCUACGCAUCAUCGGCCUGAGCGUACCUCUGUCCAAUGCUCGCGAUGUCGGAGAGUGGCUUGGUGCGAACAAGCACACCAUAUACAACUUCAGUCCUGCUGGUCGACCGGUCGGUCUGGAACUGCACAUACAGUCUUUCUCCAUUCCUCACUUCCCUUCACUGAUGAUCGCCAUGGCAAGACCAGCCUAUCAAUCGAUUGUUAAGUUGUCGCCUGAAAAACCAGCUAUUGUCUUCGUACCUGGGCGAAAGCAGGCUCGGGCAACAGCACUCGACCUUCUGGCUGCCGCCAUUGGGGAUGAUAGCGACAAUCGAUUUCUCAAUAGCGAACUCGACGAGCUGCAAGCAAUAUUGGAGCGUGUCCAUGAACGUGCUUUAGCUGAGUCUAUCACCCAUGGUAUCGGCUACUACCACGAAGCAUUAUCGUCGAAUGAUAAGCAGAUUGUGACAGCACUAUACAAUGCUGGGGCGAUACAAGUUGUGAUUGCAUCUCGUGAAGUUUGCUGGGAACUACCCUUGACUGCUCAUCUUGUCAUCGUUAUGGGCACUCAGUACUUCGAUGGUCGUGAGCAUCGGUAUAUUGAUUAUCAGAUCAGUGAGGUCUUGCAGAUGUAUGGUCGUGCUUCUCGUCCAGGACUCGAUCCUAUUGGUCGAGGUGUCUUGAUGGUGCCGGCUGUCAAGCGCGACUACUAUCGCAAAUUCUUGAAUGAGGCUUUGCCAAUCGAGUCGCAUCUUCCUGUGUACCUUCACGAUGUCUUUGUCACCGAGAUCAGCACUAAGACCAUUACCUCAACGCAGGAAGCCGUCGACUGGACAACAUACACAUAUUUCUAUCGUCGCCUGCUUGCCAAUCCGUCGUUCUAUGGCUUGAACGACACGUCUCAUGAAGGUCUAUCAACACAUCUCUCUGAGCUAGUUGAAGAUACCCUCAAAGAACUUUCCGAGGCGAAGAUCAUUGACCUCGAUGAAGAGGAUGACAGCAUAUCACCUCUAAAUCCAGCCAUGAUUGCAGCUUACUACAAUAUCUCGUUUAUCACGAUGCAGACAUUCUUGCUAUCACUCACAGCUCGCACGAAACUCAAGGGUCUCCUCGAGAUUGUCACAUCUGCUACGGAAUUUGAAUCUAUUCAGAUGCGACGCCAUGAAGAACACAUUCUACGUCGUGUCUACGACCGUUGCCCGGUCAAGAUGUCAGAACCGUCAUUUGGCUCUCCACAUUUCAAGGCUUUCGUUCUUUUACAAGCCCACUUCAGUCGUCUGCAACUACCAAUUGACCUCGGUAAGGAUCAAGAGGAAAUUGUGUCGAAAGUUCUCAACCUGCUAUCUGCCUGUGUGGACGUCCUCAGUUCAGAAGGUCAUCUGAACGCAACCUCGGCCAUGGAAAUGUGCCAAAUGGUCGUGCAAGCAAUGUGGGACCGCGACAGUCCUCUGUUACAGAUUCCGCACUUCACGUCUGAAACAGUAGGCGUCUUGAACAAGGCUGACGUCAACGACAUCGAAGGAUUGAUGGAAGCUCUCGACCCGUCCGAGAACUCAGAUUACCAAAAACUCAUAGCGAAAAUGGGUUUGAACAACAAACAACUUCAGGACGCUGCAGCUUUCACGAACGAGAAGUAUCCUAACAUCGAGCUGGAUUUCCAAGUGCUUGAGCCUGAUUCAAUCACCGCUGGCGAGCCAUCCUAUUUGGCCGUCAAGCUGACGCGAGGCGACAUAGAAGAGGACGAAGAGCCUGAAGAGAUCGAUCUCAAUGUCCAUGCACCUUUCUACCCUGGCAAGAAGACGGAGAACUGGUGGUUGGUCGUUAGCGAGGAGAAGGAGAAGAAUCUACUUGCUAUCAAGCGUGUCACGGUUGCGAAGAGAGUCUUGGACAUCAAGUUGGAAUAUCUUGUGCCUAAGGAAGGCCAACAUAAGUUGAGUUUGCUGCUUGUCAGUGAUAGUUACAUGGGCGUCGAUCAAAGUGUGGCAUUCGAGGUAACCGCUGCACCGGGUGAGGAAGAAGACGAGGAGGACGGUGAUGCGAUGGAGGAAUAA